CGUUUACUAAGUAAAUCACUAGGUCUACCGUCUCUUCCAUCGUGUCUUCAGGUCGCAGUCAUCAAAAGGACUCUUUGACCGUGGAGGAUGCGUAGACUCGGAUUCACGGCCCUGACAAGCUUUGAAUUUUGCAGUGAGAGCGUGCGUCGCGGUUUAGACUCACAGAAGACGGUAAUCGAUACUGGGAACAUUGAAUGACAGCGCCGAGCACAAUGCAAACAAAACAUCGUUGACGGAAGGAGGUGAGGUGAAGGUGGUGGGCGAAAGAGUCCGGAUUGAAGAAAAUAGGCAGGUCGUUCUCUCAGUUCAAAAUUCCUGUGCGUGUUUCUCCAUGAUUCGGUUCUGUGAUCUAGUGUCGUCACUCGGUCAUCUGUCCCAGAAGCUGUUACUUCUGACGCUCCGUGCCGGGUUGGGAAGCGUGUAGAACUGCGUGAUUCCUUCAAGAACGCAGUCCAAGACUCCAGCGUCAGAGUCAAGUAUCAGCAUGAUAUCGGGCGACUACCAGGAGUGGUUUAUUAGAGAAAGGUGUGCUUUCCUUCGACUUCCAUGUCACCAGAAGUCGUCGUUGCAAGAAUCUCUUCCAUAGCCAUUCAAGGCGUACUUUUCAGAUAGUUAUUGGAACCCAAGAACUAACGAACUCCUUAGAGGUUGAACGCUGAAACAUCGAAGGCGCUGGGCGCCGACUAUCCAUCCAUUCCAACGUAUAUAGGCACCCCGCUUGUGGAAGAAACGGGCUAGAAUAUAGGAAGGCCAAAUGAGAUGUACCUGUUCAAUGGAAGAUGACUUUGCUGGAUGGCCACUUCCCACUGGCAAGAGGUCCUUCGACAUGGCUCCAAAAACCCUUCUUGUUUUCUGCGAUGGCACUGGGAAGGAUGGAACGCUGGCAUCGCCUAUGAAAAGCUCCGAGAUGAAGCAUCUCGUUUCCGACAUGCCCGGCUUCGAUAUCAAGGAUCUCCGAGAAGGUGGCGCAAGCCUUGAUCGUAAAGCAAAAAGUGCAGCCUCGGAUGGUGGAGGCCAUACGGAGUACGCUACGAAUGUCUUGCGUCUUUCACGCUCCGUCCUGCCUCAAGACAAAAAUGGUAACCGACAAAUUGUCUAUUAUCAAAGCGGCGUGGGGUCCGAAGCGGACUUUGCUGGUAGUCAAGUAACAGGCGCCGCUUUACUGCAGGCCCUGGGAACUGCCGUUGCGAGUAAAGUUCGCGAUGCCUACGCUUUCAUUGCUCAGAACUUUGCGGAUGGGGAUGAGAUAUGCCUUUUCGGAUUUUCCAGGGGUGCGUACACCGCACGAAAGUUAUCCGGAUUGAUCGAUGCCAUUGGGUUGUUGAGUCGCAAAAAUCUAAGCUACUUCUUCGAGAUUUGGCGUCAGCUUAUUGAAAAGGAGCCCAUUACGAAGUUCCCUGACACUCGAUUUCCUGAUAUCAAAUGUGUUGGAGUAUGGGAUACUGUCGGCUCCGUGUUUAACGAAAUCAAUGCUUUGAACAUCAAAGACACCAGUCUCCCGGCCACGGUGAAGGUCGCCCUUCAUGCAGUCUCGCUGCAAGAGAAUAGAGAGGUGUUCCUCCCCACUUUAUGGUCAUUUCCGUCUGGAGGAUUGAAGGAUGGUCAAGUUCUCAAACAGGUUUGGUUCCCCGGUGCUCACUCGGAUAUUGGCGGGGGAUACAAGCGCCAUGAACUAGCGGAUAUCAGCGUCUAUUGGAUGGCUGGAGAGAUAGAAGAAUUCGUCAAUUUAGAUGUCAAGUUCUUACGAUCUUUCGCCCAACCUAAUCCCGACCCUUGGGGUACUUCUCAGCCCCACAACGCUUAUAUGGAGACCAAACCAGAAUAUCAAUUCCUAGUUGGACACGAAACGCGCCUCGAGAGUCUCCAGAUUACUAAGGAAUCGAUGUUCCAUGAAAGCAUCAGGUUCUCUCCUCAGAAGCUCGAUUCACCUGACUCCGUGAUCACUAUGACUAUCAUUAAGGAAGAGUUUGGAUCUGGAUUUGAACCUCAAUACUCUCCGUUGAAUGACUUUGAACAGUAUUGUAAGGACCAUUGGGGAGUCCGAGGAAUUCUUGAAGCGCGCCAUGGUAUUGAAGAUCCUGAAGCUGUUUGGGGACCACGAAUUGUCAGGAGUGUUCCCAUUUAACUUGUGUCAAGCCAAAAGACCGUUGCUCAUUGAAUCCUGCUUACACCAUCUCCCUAUUUUUCGAUUUGGUUCACCGGACCGGAAUUCAUUAAAACUUAAUUAAAACCCAUUCCGCAGUAAUUUCCGCAGUCAUUCCGCAGUCCGCAGUAUGUAGUUACAUAAUAAAAUCAGUAGUAUAAAAGCCAUAGAUAGCCUUGAAAUGUGAGAGUCUUUUCCCCUCCUAGAAACCGUCUAACGAGCUCUUGGAAACUACUCACCUCAUUCUAUCUGUCUGGUAAUGAGUACCAGAAGUUUCGUAGGCAAGGAUUCAUUAGCUGGCCAAUCUGCCAGGUGAGUCUUCAGUUGCUGUCUCUCUUACUGAUUUGUUUUCUUUAGGUAUUUGUUUUAUUCUAUUUUUUUUUCUACUUACCAGGUCACACCUACACUUCCUGGGCUCAACAAGUUCCAGCACACCAGACUUAAAAUGAAGUCCAGCACCCCCGCACACUGGCCCCAAAGUCCAGCACAGUCAGUGAAGUCCAGCACACCCAACUUCUGAAUCAAUUUCUGGGUGUGCUGCUGUUGUCCUGAGUGUGCUGGACUUGUCUGUGGGUGUGCUGCAGUAUAUACUUGG